AUGGCGGCGGCCAGUGCAGCAGGGCAGCCUACGAAUGUAUUCCCAUUCCGUGAUGCCCGCGCCGCGCCGGAUCAGGUGCUGGAGGCCGGUCCGGUGGCGCACGGGCCAUUGCCGGUGCCUCUGGUGCUGGACAACGGGUCGUUCCAGGCCCGCGCAGGCUGGGCGUGCCCCGGGCCGGACCCGGGCCCCGAGCCCCGGCUGCAGUUCCGCGCCGUGUGCGCCCGCGGGCGGGGCGGGGCUCGGGGCGGGGCGGGCCCGCAGGUAGGCAACGCGCUGGGCAGCCUGGAGCCGCUGCGCUGGAUGCUGCGAUCGCCCUUCGACCGCAACGUGCCAGUGAACCUGGAGCUGCAGGAGCUGCUGCUUGACUACAGCUUCCAGCAUCUGGGUGUCUCCUCACAGGGCUGUGUCGAUCAUCCCAUAGUUUUGACAGAAGCCGUGUGCAACCCACUGUAUUCACGACAGAUGAUGUCCGAGCUUCUCUUUGAGUGCUAUGGGAUUCCUACGGUUGCCUAUGGAAUAGACAGCCUCUUCAGCUUCUACCACAAUAAGCCAAAGAACUUGAUUUCCAGUGGGCUCAUCAUUUCAUCUGGAUACCAGUGUACACAUAUUUUACCCAUCUUAGAAGGGAGGUUGGAUGCUAAAAACUGCAAACGCAUCAACCUGGGAGGAAGCCAAGCAGCUGGCUACCUCCAGCGUCUCCUGCAGCUGAAGUAUCCUGGGCACCUGGCAGCCAUCACUCUCAGCCGCAUGGAGGAGAUCCUGCACGAGCACAGCUACAUCGCUGAGGAUUAUGUGGAAGAAUUGCAGAAAUGGCGGUGCCCCGAUUACUAUGAGAACCAUGUCCACAAGAUGCAGCUCCCGUUUUCCACCAAGCUCCUGGGCAGCACCCUGACCUCCGAGGAGAAACAGGAGAGGCGGCAGCAGCAACUGCGGCGGCUGCAGGAGCUCAACGCGCGGCGGCGGGAGGAGAAGCUGCAGCUGGAUCAGGAGCGGCUGGACCGGCUGCUCUACGUGCAGGAGCUCCUAGAGGAUGGUCAGAUGGAUCAGUUUCACAAGGCCCUGAUAGAGCUGAACAUGGACUCGCCGGAAGAGCUGCAGUCCUACAUACAGAAGCUCAGUGCCGCAGUGGAGCAGGCGAAGCAGAAGAUCCUUCAAGCCGAAGUCAGCCUUGAGGUGGACGUGGUGGACAGCAAGCCAGAGACCCCUGACCUGGGGCAGCUCGAACCAUCUCUGGAAGACGUGGAAAACAUCAACGACUUCGAGCCCUUGUUUUCGGAGGAAACGCCCGAAGUGGAGAAGCCGGUGACCACGGUCCAGCCCGUGUUUAACUUGGCAGCAUAUCAUCAGCUGUUUGUUGGGACAGAAAGAAUUCGAGCUCCAGAGAUUAUCUUCCAGCCGUCUCUCAUCGGAGAGGAGCAGGCCGGCAUAGCUGAGACCCUCCAGUACAUUCUGGACAGGUACCCAAAAGAUGUUCAGGAGUUGCUGGUUCAGAACGUUUUCCUCACUGGCGGGAACAUGAUGUAUCCUGGGAUGAAGGUCAGAAUCGAGAAGGAGCUGUUGGAGAUGAGACCCUUUCAGUCUUCCUUUCAGGUUCAGCUGGCCUCGAACCCUGUGCUGGAUGCCUGGUAUGGUGCUCGCGACUGGGCCUUGGACCACCUGGACAACGAGGACGUCUGGAUCACCAGGAAGGAUUAUGAAGAGAAGGGAGGAGGCUACCUCAAGGAGCACUGUGCUUCCAACGUGUACGUCCCCAUCCGCCUGCCCAAGCAGGCUUCGCGCUCCACAGAAGCCCAGGCAUCCGGCAAGGGCUCGGGGGCCAGCGGAGGCGGGGCUGGCGAGCAGGCGUAGCAGACGGGCCCCUCCAGGGACCUUGGGCCACGUCAGCCAGUGUGACAGGACGGUGACUCUGCCAGCUGUGUCCAGCCCGAGUCUGCUGGGAACAUUUGGCUGCAAGAUGGAUUUCUCCUGGGGAGAACAGCUUAGCGCCACUGGGAGUUACCCUCUGCAACUGUGUUCUUUUGGGGGCGUUGGCGGUGAAGGGACUUUAGGUGGCCUGCUGUCUUUGCUGAGCCAUGGAUGAGCCGUGGCCUUCACUUCCCCCAGCAGUGAAUGAAGACAGGAUGGGGGACGGAGGUGUUCAGUCUGCACAGGCUUCCUUACCACAUUUUAAAGCCUUUCUUGUUUUUUAAAAAAAAUCCUUUAAAUUUUAUAUUGUCAGUGUAGAUAGUCUUCUAAAUUUAUUACAAAAUUGUGUGAAUGCCCAGCAGGUGGAGUUCUUUCACAUACAGGUAAAAAGGUAACAUUUGUAUCCUAAGAACAAUCAACCACGAACUCUCAGGGGCUAGAAAUACUUCCCUCCUUCUUCUGUUUCUGCUUAGAAAUAAGGAAAAGGGGGCCCAAAGAGGGGAACCGGAUAGUACGAAGUCACUCCGUUAGGGCCUGCCCGGUGCCCACUUCUGAAUGGGCAGGUGUGGGGCUAGUGGCCCGACUCUUCGUACUUUCUUUGCUGGAAGCUUUUCCACGAUGUGAGGCCUUCCUACAGUUUUUAAAACUUCUCUUCCUGUGACUGUGUUGGCUGCUUAACUUUUCAGCUCUUUCCGAAGAGAGAAACAGACUGGAAAAGGUGAGCUGUGGAGCCUUUUCAGUUCAGCCACAACCUCACAUUCCCUGGACCUUUGCCGCCUCAUUGUACACAGACAGAUAACCCCUCUCUUAUACGGAGAUUGCUUGGUGAGAAUUUUAACCCUCAAACACACCCAGUGCUUGAGCCCAGAAGGCUCCAGAGCUGCUAGCGUCCUUGUCACAGAAUCCGUACGUUUAAAUCCCAGGGGAUGUCUGGCCCAGCCCUCUGAGGAGGCCACUUCAGAACCAGUCUGCUGCUGCAGUUCACCAAAGAUGGUCACCUGCAUCUCCAGCUCUCCGGGGCUUCGAAACUGAAGACUGGGAAGGGCCAGUGGUGGUGGAGGAGGAAGCACAAGAUCCAGGCCGACUCAGGGCCCCCCAUGGCCCUGCCGGGGAGCCCCAGGCCGUCCACAGCUGGGCCUGAGGCCGGGUGAGAUGGUGAGAGCAAACGGGAGCUGCUGAGAAAGGACAGAUAUGAAGAAGGCAGGCCCCGCCUCCUGGGAGAGGUUUCCAUGUCACGUUUCUGGGAAGAGGAGUUGUGCUGACUGCCGUAGGCCUGGGGAGACAGGGGUCUUUCUCCCACAGCCAACAUUUUAAACAGCCGGAACAGCAGUGGUGAGGUGGAAGGAUUGCCCUGGAAGUCCAGCCUUAGUGAGGAAGGACCAUGGGUGGCCAGGUAAGCUGGGCUACAGCGUAGUCCAACAACAAGUGUUGUUAUUGACAAUUCCUAGUGAAGAGUAUCUCAGAUAAGAAAGAUGUUCCCUUUUCCCCUGCCAGCUUAGAAAAACAGUCUCCUGAGAGCUGUAGAAAACUGGCCCAAAGAGCCUGUUCUGAAAAAAUAUGGGCUCUCAUCCUGUUCCAAAUUUGGUUGCAAAUGGUAAAUGUAACAAAGGAUUCUUUUAAGUCACUUGGGUUUUAGAGAAAUGUAACCAUGUACUGUUUUUUAAAAAUCCUAAAAAAAUUGAUAUCUAUAAAAAUUUUUUUAAUCUUAAAAAAGAUUGACAGCCUUGCUUAAUUAUAUGUUGCCCUAGUAAUAACAUUUUAUUUGACAGCUCUGUUUUUAAAAAUGAAGGUACAGCUGUUUUUAAGUUGUCUGUAUUGGCUAGAAGAGCUUUGCAAUUUCCUUCUUUCUCCUAUGACUAUGAUUUUAAAUUAACAGUGCAUGCUUUCUAUAUUUGGCUCUGUAAUCAUGUAUAUGUUAUACACAAUUAUGAAACAAACCAAUUUCAAUUGAGAUAAAAGCACAAGCCUUAAAAAUCAGAAGCAAAGUAAAACAAAUGAAGCUAAUUAUUAGAUAUCAAGUUGGUAGCUUACUCACACAGAGAGGUCUUAUUUUAAGUCUUUAAUUAGGUGACUUUAAUUAGGUGACUUUACUUUAAGUGACUUUUAUUUUUUAUUUAUUUAUUUUUUAAAAAUGGGUAAAAAUCUUCAUUAGACAUUUCUCCAUAAAGACAUACAAGUGGUCAAUCUACAUAUGAAAAUUUGCUCAACAUCGCUAAGCAUCAGGGAAAUGGAAAUCAAGCCACAAGGAGAUAUCACUCACACCUGUUAGCAUGUGUAUUAUAAAAAGACAAUUAGGGCUUCCCUGGUGGCACAGUGGCUGAGAGUCUGCCUGCCGAUGCAGGGGACAAGUGUUCGUGCACUGGUCUGGGAGGAUCCCACAUGCCGCCGAGCGGUUGGGCCCAUGAUCCAUGGCCGCUGAGCCUGUGCGUUUGGAGCCUGUGCUCCCCAACGGGAGAGCCCACAACAAUGAGAGGCCCGUGUACGUUUUCACGUUCUGGGAAGGCCACCUUGGGGAUCCACGGAGGCUUUUCUCCCGUCCUAUCACGGUGCAGGUCGUCCGCCACAUCCUCAGGGAGAGCUGAGAGUUGUUCGCUAUGUGAAUCGUCAUCAGCAUCGCUGUUAUGUAUGCUCUCCACGAUGCAUUUGUUUUCACGUUCUGUGAAGGCCACCUUGAUUUUCCACGGAGGCUUUUCUUCUGUCUUAUCACGGUGCAGGUCAUCUGCCACAACCUCAGGGAGAGCUGUAUCCUUUUCCUUAUCACGGCCACAAAUGCUAUCCAAAGUUGAUACUGAAUCGUCAUCAAAAUCGCUGCUAUGUAUGCUCUCCACGAUCCAUUCGUUUUCACGUUCUGGGAAGGCCACCUUGAUUUUCCAUGGAGGCUUUUCUUCUGUCCUAUCACGGUGCAGGUCAUCCGCCACAUCCUCAGGGAGACCGUUUUCACGUUCUGGGAAGGCCACAUUGAUGAUCCACGGAGGCUUUUCUUCUGUCCUAUCACGGUGCAGGUCAUCCGCCACAUCGUCAGGGAGAGCGGUUUUGUUUGCUGUCCAAUCCACCCUGGAGGUAGCAGGAGCCACUUUAAUUGUCCUCACAUGGGGCAGUUUCUCCAACAGGUCCUCAGGGGGCUCUUCAGCUGGGUCAUUUAUAGGGUGCAUCCUAAAAUGUGGCCGGAUGCGGAUCUUUUUCAGCCAGCCUGGGGUUGAUAUUCUUGACCUCUGAUGAGUGUUUCUUCUUCUCGCAUUCUGGGAGCAGCAUCCUGUCUCGACAAGCCGUGGCUGGAAGAAGCUCUGGAUACAAAUCAGGGGCAGCGGGUGCUCAGGAGCGGCGCCAAGUGCACCCCGCGGAG